GUCGGGAGGUAGUUUUAAUCGCCGCCACAGUUUUAAAUCUUGCUGGGUUUUUUUUCUCUCAAACGUUAGUGAGAGAUGUCUUCCCGGUUGUUGUUGAAGGCGCGCCAUCACCGAAGGGAUGCUAGCACUUCUAAUUCCAGGAGAAUGAAGACUGUUGGAGGAGUAACUGCAGACUGUGGAGUAAACUUUACAAACACAACAUAUCUUUCAAGGGGUGUGCUGUCCCUCAGGAAAAGAAAGUUGUUUGGUCAGACUCCAGCUAAGAUAAUGAUUUCACAAAAUCCUGACCUACAGGAAAAUGCUGAUCAUCAGAUACAGUUCAUUUUAUCUAAGCAGUGGACCUUAUACAGUGUCACUCCUCUGUAUAAAUUCUCUUAUGGACGGUUACAAGAAUAUUCUAAACAACUGAGUUGUGUUAUUACUGCACAAAAGGAAAAGAGAUUCAUGCUGGAAGAUGAAACUGAUUUAAUGUUCAAAGCAAAGUUUUCUUCAUUUUCUAUUUUGAAAACCAUAGGAAAAAAACAAGCAGCAGUCCUCACUGAGAUUAUACAAAGACCUCAAAUGGUAGAUGAAGAUGAAGAAGAAGAACAAGAAGGCAAAGUGGUAUGGAUGGGUUGUUUCUGUUGUACUUGUGCAAGUGAUUUUGUUGAGACUGUCACAGAGGAUUUUACUUGUUUGCCUUUGUUCCUUGUAAAUGGUCCAAAGGGUUUCUCAAAUAUUGUUGAAACUUGGUUUCAGCAAACUUUUGACUGUUACUUCAGCCCAUUGCACAUCAGUCCUAUCCAUCUUGCGUGGAUGGCUGCAAUAUGGUCUGGAUGCAGUAUGGAUCAUUACAAGCUUGCAACAGAACUGACUUUCUCUGUGCCUUGUCUGCCUUAUCCUUUGGAUAUUUCUUAUGCUAUCCAUCCUGAAGAUGCAAAAGCUCUGUGGGAUUCAAUACACAGCAUCCAGGGGGAAGUUAAACAGGAAGAAGUGCAAUUAUUCAUGGACUCCCUUUACAAGCACUUUCAUAGGCACUUCAAGAUAUAUUUAUCAGCUGCACGACUGGUGAAAGUUUCUACAUCUGUAGCCUUUGUCCAUUCAUUGGGAAAAAUGAAGAUUCACCAUGCCCAAUAUCUGAUGGGAGUUCUGUCACUGCUCACAGAACUGGCACUUUCAAAGAUACUGUAAUAGCUGGGUUACAUCUCAUAUGUUUUAGCUACAGAAAAUUAUUUAGAAUAGAAGAUUGUAAAGCCAUUUUUGUCCACUCUUCUCUAGUUGUACUUAAGUAGAAGCUGGGUUAAAUGUUUUGUUUAUAGUACAAAGACCUAUGUACUUCCGUCUUUUCAUAUUUCUAAUAUGGAUUAUUAAAAGAAAUAUAUAACUCAGAAGUAUGUACAAUGCUUACAACUAUUUACAUACUGAACUUUUGCUCAGAAAGUCUAGUCAACUAGAUGAGAAAACUCUUCAGGAUUUUUUGAUUUUAACAUCAGGUAAGGUUUUUGGAAACAAGCAUGGAGAUGGUAUCCAAUUAACCUAUAUCAUUAGCUCUUCCCUAAAUUAUAAGUGACUAUGGAAAUGCUAUACUAAUUCUUAGUUUUAAUUUAAAGAGUAAAGCAAGGAGAAAAAGUGUAACUGUCUUGGGUCAUAUUAUAUAAAUGUGAUACUUAUAAUUAUGAAUCAUAAAGAAUAGGACCUAUUUAUUCUUAUGGUCCUUGUCUUUGUGCAAUAUAAUUUCACUUCCCCUUCCCUUCUACCCCAUUUUGUUUUAGCUCAAGGGUCAGCGUUCUGUGCCCGAUGGGCAUGUUCAGUCCUCACUGAGCUUUUUGGAUGAUUAUAAAACUUAAGAGCUUUAAAAUAAUUUUUAACUUCCUUGUAUGUCAUUCUGAGACAUUACAUCAUUAGGCUUGGCAUGACAUAUGACCUAGACCUGGGAUUAAAUUGGUGUUAUGAUGGCAUGCUUUAAAUGUAAUUUGUACCCAUAAUAGAUUGUUACUUCAGGCAUGGCUCCAUGAAUCAGCUGAGCUUGGCAGGGUGGGGUGGGCGCAAGAGGAAUAAUCUGUGAUGAGCGUCAUCUUUAUUGCUGUCCAGCCAAGGGGCAGAAAUUGCUUCAAAAUAGGGCACUCCAGCUGCAACAUUAGAAAAAGCUUUCUAGCAGUGAUAACUGCUUGGCAGUGCUAUAGAUUGCCUCCUACAAUGGCUCUCCUUUGGUGGAAAAUAUUAAGCAGAAUCUGGGCAGUCAUUAGCCAUGGAGUUGGACUAAGUCUCUUCAAGGUUUUACUUUAGGAGAGAAGACAUUGGAAGAAUAUAACGGUAAUUUUCUAUACAUUUUAAAUGAAUCAUUAGGUAACAAAUGAAAUCUUACGAAGUGGAAAAUGCCUGAUAAGCCUUUUUUUUUUAAGCAAAAGCUGUCCAGAAACUGAAAUAGACACUUCUACAAAGAAAUGCAUUGCUGUGAUUAUCCUAAUCAAUUACAGAAGCAGCUGGGGAUAGAACUUCAUGGAUUAAUUUCCAACAGUACUAUGUGGAAGGAUUCAGAAGAGUAUGGCAAAAGCACACUCUGCGUUCUGAGAUAUCUUUAUAGCUAGCUGCAUUGGAAAUUACUAAGUCUGAGCCAACCAAUCAGUAAAUAGUUUUUCUUUGAAAAGACAGAUAAAAAUGAUUAUCUAUUUAUAUAAAAAUAUAAAGUGU